ACUGAACCAACACAACCUAGAAUUUUGAAAUUUUACAAAAACCGUUGGUGGUGUCGUCGAGCACCUUGCCGCUCAUUCUUAUACGAAGCUUUGAAGAACCAUCAUAUUUUUUAAAUCACAAUGUCCGAUGAAUAUGUGCAACGGUACAUGACCGAGAAGAAAAAUGUAAUAGAUUCCAAAUAUUACCAACGUACCGAGCAACUGAUGACAGAUAUUGUAAAUCAUCCAGCAUUCAGCAAUGAAGAUUAUUCAUGGAGUUUAGAUGACUUUGACGUUGGCAAGCGGAUGGGCCGUGGCAAGUUUGGAAGAGUAUAUGCUGCCAAAAUUAAGAACACUGAUUAUGUUGUGGCCCUCAAGACUUUAUCUAAAUAUGAGGUUGCAAAGGAGCGGGUUGAACGACUGAUUUUACGUGAGAUUGAAAUUCAAACACAUCUCAAGCAUCCUAAUAUUCUUCAACUUCUCACAUGGUUCCAUGAUGAUUUUAGAAUUUAUUUAGUGUUAGAAUAUGCCGCACGUGGAGAACUGUAUACUAUUUUAAAGAGCAGCCCAGGAGGGCAUUUCAAUGAACAUUUAUCUGCUAAGUACACAUAUCAAGUAGCUGAUGCCCUGGAUUAUUGCCAUCGCAAUCAUGUCAUUCAUCGUGAUAUAAAACCGGAAAAUCUUCUGUUAACAUUCACCGGUGAUGUGAAGUUAGCCGACUUUGGCUGGUCGGUGCAUGCUCCGUCGUUAAAACGCAAGACCAUGUGUGGUACGUUGGAUUAUCUCCCACCGGAAAUGGUCGAACAGAAAGAAUAUAGUUGCCAUGUGGACUUGUGGAGUUUAGGCGUGCUUUGCUAUGAGUUUCUAGUGGGAAAACCGCCAUUUGAGAGCGAAACCGCCCAAGAAACCCAAGAGAAAAUUCGGCGUGUGCAUAUGCAGUAUCCGUCGUCUAUCCCUUCAGCCGCUAAGGCAUUGAUUAGUGGGUUGCUGAAAACCACCGGAGAUAAACGUCUUUCAUUGGCUGAAGUUAUGUCGCAUCCUUGGAUUCUAGAAGCUAUUGCAGAUCCAUCAAAAUAAUGUGUUUUAAAAGUAUUUUAAUUUAAUUUUAUUUCAUUACUAUAAUAAGUAUUAAUAAUCACGUCUACUUAAUAGACCUUUUGUUGUAAA